AUGGCGCGGCAGCCGUUAGUUGGACCGGCGUUUGUCUUGGACGCCAUGCCGUCCGUGCCAGCGCCAUCGUCGUCGUUGCUGGCAAACAAACUCAACGUGGUCGGCAAGUUGCUCCUCGAGUUUGGUGUGCACGACGGCGGCGGCGGCGGCGUGCUCGGCCUCAAGCAUGUGCUCCAGCCCGCGCUCGCGGCAUGCGAGCACAAAGACGCUGCCGUGCGCCAAGCGUCGAUCCAGAUCUUCUCGGAAGCGUUUAAAGUUGCUCGAAGCGCCACGAUGCCGUUUCUGAGCGGACUCGCGCGCGGCGCCAAGCAAAAACUGAUCGCAAAGCUCGUUGAGCUCGGCGUCCUCGAGAGCGAUCUCCUCAUGGACGAAGUCGAUGACUUUGACAGCGUUCCACGGCCAUCGACGUCCGGGCCACGUCCCCCGACUGCCAGUGGAUCGUCGACCAAGCACCGCCCAUCGCUCGCAAACGUGUCCGUGCUGGCGCCGCCUGCCACCGCGACCGACUCGGCGCUUCCCUAUGGAACUGUCCUCACAGACGACCAGCGGUCCGCCUACGCCCGCAUGCUGACCGUCAUGGGCGAGCCCAUCGUCCGGUGUUUGGUCGACAAGACGUGGGCGCCACGGGAAGCUGCGGUCCGAGAAAUCGAAAAGCAAGUUGUGUUGGCGGGUAGCGCCGCUUGCAACAACGGGCCGCCUCGAUGGCCCACGGACGCGGCGACGUUGGUCGUGCUGUCGGAAGCUCUCGAGCUCGUGCUGCACGACACUGUCGCCCGCGUGUACCAGUGCGCGCUGCGCCUUCUCCAGGUGAUCGCGACGGACUUUGUGCCGUCCGUGCCGGGCCACGGCCACGUGCUCGACUCGAUUUUGAAGCCAGCAGUGGAAGCGGUGAUCCAAAAGCUCGGCGACUCCAAGCCGCGCGUGCGAUCCGACUCGUUUGCGGUGCUGCAUGCCGUCGCCACCCUCCCGCAUGUUGGCCCGGCCGCGGUCGCUGCGAUUGUGAUGGAUCAAUUCGACGCGACGGACGCACCGGUUGCCAAGACCGAGAUGCUCAUGCUGCUCACGUCGCUCCUGCGGGAAUCGAAACCCACCAAAGGCACCGAUAGCGACGGCAAGGGACGAGUGGCGCCGCCGAGCGUCGACCACAAGACCGGUGGCGCCGCCGUCCACCUCGCCACCGUCCUCGACACCAUUGUCCCCGCGCUCGACAACAAGCACGUUGACAUUCGCAAUGCCGCGGUCGCGGCGUACACGGCGCUCUACGAAGUUGUCAAGGCGACCCCGACCAGCACCUUGGACCUUGAACGGUGCGUCGCGCAUGUCAAGCCCGCGGUGAGGGAAGCCAUCUCAAAGAACAUCGUGCAGCUGGCCAACUCGAGCGCGGCGAUGCCUCCGCCGCUGACCCUUGAAGACAACAACGACGCGUCGCCCGAAGUCGAGAGCGCGCGGAGCGAGUCCCACGACCUGGAAAAGGUGGCGGCCGUGUUCGGGGCCGAGAUGGCCGCUCGGUUGGCGCACCCGGCGAAGCGGCGCCACGGUCUCGUCCAGCUCAUUGGAAAACUUGCGGAGACCGCACCGACACAGGACAAAUCGUCCGGCACGGCGGCGCCGUGGGAAGUGUGCUGCCUCAUGGCCAAGACAAUGCUCGUCGAUGCGAGUGUGGCGGUCGUGCUGACGACGUUUCAAUUGCUCACGGCCGUCGUGAGCGGUGCGACGUCGGCGAGUCAAGGCGACCGCGCCAGCUUGAUUCCGUGGGGCGAGUGGGGGGUCCACCUCGUCCUGGCGUCGACGGUGCGGUCCGUGCUGCAGCAGGCUGCGCACCCUGCCGUCCGAGUUCGCCUCGCGGUCAAGCAAUGGCUCCAAGUGCUCGCCCACCGCCACACGUUGGGGCGAACAGUGGUCGCGACGGCGCUGGUCGGGCCCCCCGACGCCGUGCGCCAACCCGGCGUGUCGGGGGGAAGCUGCUCCCGCGCCAAGCGACUCCAGCACGUCCGUCUUGGGUGGCAGCUCGUCGUGCGGCUCGAAAUGCUCGACGACAUGCUGCAGGACGACCCGUCGACGGAUUUCGUCGACAAUGUGCUGCCGUUCUUGGGCGCGUCAUGCAUCGGCCACGGCAGUGCCGCCGUCCGCGAGUGGACUCGAACGAUUUUGAUGUGGUUUCACAGCCAGGACGCGCCGCGACUGACGGCAGCGCUGCAACGGGGCAGCAUCCCGCACGGACGCCAACUCGCGGCGCUGCUGGCCGACGCGACGGCGGCUGUGUCGACGGCGGAUGGACCACCCUCGACCGUGCACGUUCGCACGAGCCGGAUGUCCCAUGUGCGGCGUGUCGCGGCGCUCCGGGGAGGUCCGGGGGACGAAUCCCCCCGCGACGACGACUCGCCCGCUCUAGCGUCCGACAACGCGCCGGUCGUGAGCCGAAGCACGACGAAAUCGAAUCAAGUGCACGGGAUCGCGACAAAGCCGCUGUGGCUCCGCGACCAGCGAGAGGACCAGCUCGAGCAUGGAGGCGGGCAACUUGGGCUCGCCCGAGGACCGAAUCUCAUGGGCGGUGCGUCUGGCCUUGUCAAAGCAAGGCGCACCAGUCGACGCCGCAACAACCAUGAUGAUGAUGACGAAGACGACGAUGACCGGCACGGGACGCCGCAGUGCCGACGGGUCCAUGUCGGAAACGCAUGA